AUGCAACUUUUGGCAGCCGCUGAUGUUGCUGCUCGCGCCGAAAUAGACAGUCGAACCGAUGGUGUCUCCCCACAAAUCCCCGGGCUUGUAUACUGUGCUGUGAACAGGGCUGGAAACACGAUUUUCAGUCAUGCUUCUGGCAAAACAUCUCUGGAUGGAAACUCUCCUAUGACCAUGGACACCAUCUUUUGGCUUGCAUCCUGCACUAAGCUCGUCACCAGCAUUGCAUGCAUGCAGCUGGUAGAGCGCGGAACACUCGAGCUAGACAAUAGUGCUCAGCUUGAGUCACUUGCACCCGAGCUCAGAAAUGUUCAAGUGCUUGAACGUACUGCAGACGGCAAGUUUCACUUGGUGCCGAAGCAACGGAGCAUUACUCUGCGAAUGCUUCUGAAUCAUACAUCUGGUUUUGGAUAUGCUUUUGAAGAUCUCAAAUUACGUGACUGGUCACGGCCAGUCGGGCUCGAUGACUUUUCCGGCAAUGUGAGUGAUGUGCUUCAUCGCCCGUUAAUCAAUCAGCCUGGUACGAAGUUCCAAUACGGAGUUGGUUUAGACUGGGCCGGCGUUAUUGUCGAACGAGCCUCUGGUUUAUCACUCGAGGACUAUUUUCAAUUAUUUAUUUACCAGCCACUGGGUAUCAAAGACAUCAGCUUCUUUCCCACGACUGAAAUGAAACUUUCUCUUGCUGCUAUGCAUCAACGGGCCAAGGAUGGGACGUUGAGCGUCAGGGAUCACCUCUAUAGAUAUCCGUUACUCCCUCCAAAUCCAGGCGGGGAGGAAGACCGCUUUUGCAUGGGAGGAGCGGGUUGUUUCGGGAAACCACUUGAGUUCUGCAGAAUCGUCGCAGCACUUCUUAACGAUGGAACAAGCCCUCAUACGGGCGCAGAAAUUGUUACUUCGGAAACAGUAGAAGAAAUGUUCACAGACCAAAUCCCCACAAUGCCACGAUACUGCAACGAGUACACACCGUCGGGUAAACCGGAACUCGCGAACCCUUGUCCGCUAAUCCCCUGUUCAGAAGACCUCACAGAGGGCUGGGGCCUAUCCUUCUCAUUAAGCCACACCGAAAGUCCCACUGGAAGGGCUGCAGGAUCAGGUUCUUGGGAGGGACUAGCAAAUCUCUUCUGGUUUGCCGAUCGUACGAAUGGAAUCGGCGGCAUUAUCGCAUCUCAGAUUCUUCCUUAUGGAGAUCUUGAGGUCAUCAAUUGUUCUGAAAGUGUGGAGAAGAUUAUCUAUAACGGGCUUUCUAACAAAGAAGAUGGAGGGUGCCAUUGA